AUGUACCUCACGCUUGGACAGACCACAUCGCGUGAGGUGUGGCUUGCGGCGAAAACAGCCCUGGGGUCAUCAUCGCAGGUGAGAUGUCUCAAUCUCAUGGGGCAGUUCCAGUCCUUGCGGCAAGGUGACGCCUCCACGCAAGAGUACCUUGGCCGGGCACAACAUUUGGUAGAAGAUCUUGCGCUGGCUGGACGGACAAUGACAUUAUCGGAGCAGAAUUUAUAUGUUUUCCGGGGGUUGCGAACGGAAUUCCGGUCCAUGGCAGCCUCCCUGGCGGUCUCCGGUACACCGGUGACGAUCCCGCAGUUAGCCGACUAUUUACAGGCGCAACAGUUCAUCCAUGAGGAUGACUUUCCAGUUCAACAAUUGGGAAUGGCGAGUGGACAGCAGUCGGCUCUGUAUGCUGGCCGCGGCAGGUGGCAGAACGGCGACGGUUCUCAGCGCGGUGGCCAGUCGCGUGGAGGAGAUGGCCAAUCCCGUGGCGGCGGGAACCGGCGCGACGGUCGUGGCCGUGGAAAUCAGCGAGGUGGUGGAGUCCGCUGUCAGAUCUGCCGAUCUCAGGGACACUCUGCGGCUUUCUGUUAUAAGCGUUAUUCCGAGCCACCACCCUCCCAGGCUCACGUAGCAGUCGCCGGUGAUGGAAGCGUCCCGGCGGUGACAUCCUGGCUGCCGGACACGGGAGCGUCUGCCCACGCCACUCCUGAUUUCGGCGCUCUCGGGCAGUCCACAGAGUAUCACGGAGACGAGGUUCUAAGAGUGGGAAAUGACUCAGGUUUGGUGAUCUCGCGUGUUGGUCAUGCAGCUAUUCCUUCCGUUUCCAAAUCCUUAAAACUGUGUAAUAUUUUACAUGUCCCUGAACUCUCUGUUUCAUUAUUAUCGGCAAAUGGCGUUCCAUCCGAGCCCAAUGCACCAUGGGCCUCCAGUCCCGUUGCUCAUUACGGUGGCGAGACUGCCCCGGCUCUUCCACCGCCUAACCCUAUAGGUGAAUCUCAGCCUGAGCCCCAAGCUCGUGCUCGGACCCGGCAUCGAGCUAAAGAUAGGCCACAAGAGCGGGCUCAUGUAAUGCGUCUACGCCACCAGACUCGGGGAGCCGCAGAGGAGUUUCAUGCUCUCACUGCGUCAAUUCCUGAUCCUACUUACUACUCGCAGGCAGUUGGGCAUUCCCAUUGGUGA